GGGAUUAGGGCCGGUGUUUGCCGGAAAAGGCGGGGCUUAGCCUUGGUCGCGGAAGUGAGACGGAGAGUUGCUGCGUGAGGAGCGGGCUUUUCUUCCAGGCGUCAUCAUGUCUAUUAUGUCCUAUAAUGGUGGGGCCGUCAUGGCCAUGAAAGGGAAAAACUGUGUGGCCAUUGCUGCUGAUCGGAGGUUUGGCAUUCAAGCUCAGAUGGUGACUACAGACUUCCAGAAAAUUUUCCCAAUGGGAGACAGGCUGUUCAUUGGAUUAGCUGGGCUUGCUACAGAUGUACAGACAGUUGCCCAAAGGCUCAAGUUUCGAUUGAAUCUCUAUGAACUGAAAGAAGGCAGACAAAUCAAACCAAAGACCUUGAUGAGCAUGGUGUCCAACCUCCUGUAUGAGAAACGGUUUGGACCCUAUUACACAGAACCCGUGAUAGCUGGCUUAGACCCUGUCACAUAUGAGCCCUUCGUUUGCUCUUUAGACCUGAUUGGCUGUCCAAUGACAACAGAUGACUUUGUGGUCAGCGGGACUUGCGCAGAACAGAUGUAUGGCAUGUGUGAAUCCCUCUGGGAGCCAGACAUGGAACCAGAUCACCUCUUUGAAACUAUAGGCCAAGCCAUGCUAAAUGCAAUCGACAGGGAUGCAGUAUCAGGCAUGGGUGUAGUAGUCCAUGUGAUUGAGAAAGACAAGAUAACUACACGAACACUGAAAGCCCGCAUGGACUAGACAACAUCAUGGAUGUGCUGGGGCGCUCAACAUUUUGCUUUAUGUUUUCUGGACAACUGGCAUGCCACUUUGGUUAAGGAAACCAGUUAAUUUUGUAGUAAAAGAAUGCUCUUCAAAACAGGUUGUUGGUGGAAUAAACAUUUUCAUUAAGAAGUCUA